AUGCUAUUUGCGAAGCGCGUCACAGCCAUCUACUACGUUUUUCACCGCGACAAACGAGAUGCGUCCUUCUUCGCGAAUUCCGGUCUGCCGCAUCUUCUUCUACUUGUCUCGGCAUCUCUCGUUAGGGAUAUGGAGCGCUGCUCGCGCUGCUGCUACCUCCACCUUCCCGAAAUGGCCUACCAGAGGCGUAAGAACCAUAGACGAGUGGGAGUUCUGGUUUGAUGAUGAGGAUGGUAAAGGAGCAGUGGCACGAGCCGAGAAAAUCUACACUGUGACCGUACCUGACGCAUUCGAUUUACCCUCAGUAUCAGCUACGGGAAAGUGCAAGCCUGAAUGCUGUGAGCGAGCUCUAGGCGCACACGGAGACGAGACCUGCUAUACGUUAAAGAGUGGGGAUAUUCUAGGUGGAGAAGGCGGUGGAAAUCUGUUUGGGGACGAUGAGGAUGAGGAAGGAGCAGCAAAUGAAGCAGGUGCAGGGAUGGUGGAGUAUCAAAAUACUGGCGCUAUUGAAUCGAGUGCCACCAGUCAUUCCCCGUCAUUGUUCUCAUCCAGUAACCCUCGACAAACGUUCGACUCCUGUUGUUCUCACGCCACACCUUUCACACACAAACGAGGCGUCGGCGUCUAUCGCGCCAGCGUUGGCGGUCACAUCACGAAGCUACGCUUUCAUGCUUGUCUACUAAGAUGUCAAGUCUUUGUGGACGGUUUUUUAGUGGCGGC